AUGAUCCUGUCACUCUUUUCACUCACCUGUCUUUUCUUCUUCCCUCUCGUCUCACGAGCCGACCCUCAUGGUCACUCGAGCAUCCACAAUGUUCAUAAACACCAUGACAGUACCACGGGGAACAGUGUCCAUAAGCACCAUGACACUACCACGGGGGACACUCUCGAAAAGAGGCAGGGUACCCAGGGCCUUUAUACGUUCCUCGUCUCAGGUUAUGCCGUGUCUCUUAUUUCCACAGUAGCAAUCAACAACAAAAUCUACUUCAUGGACAAGAAGUACGAUCCUGGCAAUACGACUGGAGCUUACGAGUUAGAUCCAAGCUUGGUGGGCGCCGGCCCAUGGCAGAAUUCAUGGAGGACCAUGAAUGUCAACGAUGAAAUCUUCUGCUCCGCUGGUCUCAUUCUUCCCGACAAGACUGGCAGGCUUCUUAACAUUGGUGGAUGGUCAGAUGCCGCUCUAUAUGGCAUUCGACUUUACACUCCCUCUGGAAGUCCCGGCGUAGCCGGUAAUACCGACUGGCAAGCCGAUUACAAUAACGCGGUGCUUCAGCGACCCCGGUGGUACCCGAGUGCUCUCAUCAUGGCCAAUGGUAGCAUUUUAAUCAUGGGUGGUGAGGAUAAUAACAGCGGAAAUGAGCAACCCAACUUGGAGGUCCUUCCACGCAUCCCUGGCGGGGAUACGACAGUGUACCUUGACUUCCUUGCGCAAACAUACCCAUUCAAUCUCUAUCCUUUCCUCAUGGUACUUCCGAGUGGUAAUCUUUUCACUGUUUAUUUCAAUCAGGCCCGUAUCCUCGACAAGGUGACUUUCAACACCAUUUCGCAAAUGCCAAACGUCCCUGCACAAGGCGUUGGUAAUUUCGAUGGUGGUCGAACAUACCCCUAUUCGGGUGCAUAUGUCAUAAUGCCUAUGACCGCUCCGUAUACCGCUCCCAUGCAAGUCCUUGUUUGCGGUGGCGCGUCUCAGGAGAACGUUGGACUUAGUACCUGUGUCUCUAUAACUCCCGAAGUUCCUGGUGCGCAAUGGGUCGUGGAACAAAUGCCUUCGCAACGUGUUAUGUCCUGCAUGGUCAGUCUUCCGGACGGCACGUACAUAAUCUUGAAUGGAGCACACAUCGGAGUGUCAGGUUUCGCAAGUGCCAGCUCCCCUAACCUCACGCCAGUCCUUUAUGAUCCUUCUCUUCCUGUCGGACAACGCAUGCGCGAGCUCGCCUCCACCACCCUCGCAAGACUCUACCAUUCCGAGGCCGUCCUCUUCAUCGACGGAACCAUUAUCGUGUCGGGCUCAGAUCCACGGGACCCCAACUACCCACAAGAAUAUAGACAUGAGGUAUUCACCCCACCUUACCUGCUAGCCGGCAAGCAGCGCCCAGCAUUCGCCGUCGGAAACAAUCAAUGGGCUUAUGGCGGCCAAUACGCUAUCAAGGCCAAGUCACCUUCAAUGGCCAAUUUACGUUUCUCCUUGCUUGCUGGUUCCUCGAGCACACACGGCAAUACUAUGGGAGCCCGAACAUUGUUCCUUGACUUCUACUGCGUCGGCUUCGCCUGCCUCCUCACAGCUCCCCCCAACUCGGGAAUUGCCCCUCCUGGUUGGUACAUGCUCUUCAUCCUUGAUGGCCCAACGCCCUCCAAAGGAAUCUGGAUUAGGGUCGGUAAUGACCCCGCUCAGAUUGGCAACUGGCCCCCUGGCCCCGCAUUCACCAGGCCUGGUGUUUAA